AUGUCGCAUCUUGCCAUCUACCUCCUGGCACUAUCGGCACUGUCCCCGGCACUCUCCAUCCGCUCUCCUGCGGCUGGACUGCAAGACCUGGCCGCUUUCCCCAAAUAUGAGGUGCAGUUCCUCAACGAGCUUCCUCUGGCGGCGAGUGACGCGGACCGCUGUCGCGCCGAGGGCAUCGUGGUCGAUGAUGACUUUUUGGAGCUGCGUCCCCGAUCGCCUGCGACUAUUGAUGGUUCAGAGGGAGAGGGAGAGCAAGGGUCUUCCACAUCGCCGCCACCGAGGCCCAAGACGCUCGAGCUUGUGACCCUCCACUACACUCCGCCAGGGAGCGAUGGCGGGGCGCACACGUACCUCUGCGCUAUGCCUUCGACGAACACCACGGCAGAACAGUCCCAAACUGCGACACACCUGAAAGACGAGCCAGACCCGGAUCCCGUGGCGAGCUGGCAGGCUCUGAAGCAUCUCGACGGUCAAUGCCUCUACGCCCGCCACACCUGGUUCACCUACGCGUACUGCCAUAACAACUACAUUCGACAGUUCCGCGAGGCAGUUCACACGGUCCCGGCGCCGCCAGAGGGAUACACGCCAAAGGAGGACCCAAUGUUCGAUGCAUACACGCUCGGCCAGGCGCACCCGCAAAAGCGGAGCAAGGGCGCGCUCCCUCCCGGCCAGCGUCGGGGAGGUACCGUCGCCCAGCGUCAGGCUGCCCAAGCCCACGCUCAGGACCAUGGACACGGGCACCACGACGACCUCGCCCCCGAACAGACUGUGACUCUGGGUGUCAGUCCCGCUAGCCGAUACCUCGUCCAGCGGUGGACAGACGGCACGCGGUGCGACAAGACUGGCCGGCCCCGCGAGGUCGAGGUGCAGGUGCACUGCAGCAUGACGAGCGGCGACGCGAUCUACAUGGUCAAGGAGAUUGACAUUUGCAAGUACGUCAUGGUCAUUCACAGCCCGCACCUGUGCUCUCUGCCCGGGUUCCGUCCCCAGACCGCCGACGACAUUGUGCCCGCCCCCAUCCGCUGUCGCGAGGUCGUGGACGACGACGAGUUUACGCGCUGGGAGACCGAGCCGCACGUUUUCGAGGACGAAGAAGCGCGUCUGCGCCUCCCCGACCGCCCAGCCGAAGUCAACGUUGAGGCGCUUGCCCAGCAGGCCCAAAGCCAGGCGCAGGCCGAGUCUGCUGGCAGGAAGCUCAACCUCGCCAAUGGCGUGGUCGGCAUGGAAAGCCUCGGCCUUGACCUCCAACGCAAGCUCGAGGAGAUCAUCAAGAACUCGUACAGCGGUGGCGAUGUCAAGGACGAUGAGGCGCAUUACGGUGACGCCGGCGACGACGGGCACGUGGACCAAGUCUCGUUUGACGACGUUGCUGACAUGGUCGUCCUCACGUUCGCCGAAGACGAGGCCGGCGAGAUGCAGCCUGUCGAGGUUGACAGUGUGUUGCAUGUAUCCGGCGAGGAGAGGCGCGGGUUCCUGGAGAAACUGCAGGCUCUUAUCGACAAGGAACUGAAUGGCGAUGACGGCGAGGACAAGGCAGUCCGCAACGAGGAGAAGGUGAACCAUGAUGAGUUGUAG